CUCCUCCCUUUGCAAUCAUGUUUUUUUCACUGUUCAGGUUUCAUUUGCUGUUUGUCCAGAAGUCGACUUCUGAAUGCUUGUUGUGAAAGACCAGCAAGGGGUAGAAGUGAAACAAGUCAGAGACCCACAAACCACCCAAACUCAUGUUUUAUAGAUAUACUGACUAAAGAGGUAAUCUUUGCUAUCAAAAGUGUUUGCAAGCUAUUCUUUGCCAAGAAUUUUUACAGCCAACUUUUACUUUGCAAGAGCAAAAAGUCUUCACUUUGUGAACUGCUCACAAGCCAAUGGCUGACCAAUUUUUAAAGGAGCUUGAAGGUUCAGGUUUGAGGGAACCAUCCAAAAUGAGACCUUUGGUAAUCAGAUGGAUUGAGGAGCUGUUUCCAAGAGUUGAGUCAAUUACAACGGAAACCCUCCAGCAGUGGAUGGAAGAUAAACCAGGAGAGUUUCUCCUUCUUGAUACUCGAAGUCAAGCAGAAUUUGAAGUCAGCCACUUGCCAGGAGCAAUCUUGGUUCCUCCUGAAACUGAUGCUGUAAAGGAAAUUUUCAAAGCAUGGUUCAAACAAGAGUAUGAAGGGUGUCACAGACACAUUGUCUGCUACUGUACUGUGGGCUAUCGAUCAUCCAUGACAGCUCAGCUCCUGAGUGACUACUUGAGCUGUGAGACAAGUCAAAAUUUCGUUACCUCUUCCAAGAUUUACAAUGUUCAAGGAGGUCUAGUGAAAUGGGCCUCUGAAAGGAGGUGGAUGGUGGACCAACAUAAGAAACCAUCAUCCCAAAUGCAUCCCUAUAAUGAUGUCUGGGCAAAACUCUUAGAGCCAGAGUUCAAGGUGGCUACUGAAGAAAAGGUUUAAAGGUGGUCUUGUGACGAAGUAUUCCAAGCUGGGAAGUCAGUUUCAAAACAGCAUAUUGCUCUGAACACUCAAUCUGGAAAAAAUAUUUUUAAGGCCUUUUAAUCAUUCCAAAAGCAGUCCACAAGACAGUCACAGCUCCAUAAACUUCAGAAUGAAAUAGUUAAUGAAUUGCACCAACAAAUACUUUUUGAGGCAGUUUCAGCCAGCUUGUCUGUGAUGCUUGUUUGCUGUGACUCUUCCUUGAUGCUGCUUCUGAAACUCCUGAGAAAAUAUUUCUAAAAAUAUGACAGGAUUGCUUGGAGGCUGCUGAUGCAAAACGUUCUUAGAUGGGUGAAAAUCAGAGGCUCUUUAGUUUGACAUAACUUUUCAAAGCAGCUUGUUGGUGAGGAGAAUGCCAGCAAUUUUCUUCUUUUUCUGUACUUUUUCUAUAAUAAGUAGAUUUUUAAUUAAAAAAACCAUGAAGGUUACUUGGAAGAUUUUUCAAAGAAUUUGUUCAGCAACUGUGUCAAGGAGGAUUUCAUUUUACAGACCAGUUGAAAAAUUACCAUAAAAAGUAGCACGGUUUUGUGGCAUGGUGAUAGCCAAAUAUCAGCCUUAGCACCUUUCUUCAAUGGUCUAAUCUUCUGGAGACAAUAUUUCAUUGCUGAUACUACAAAUCCUUAGCCCAUUAAGUUAGUUUAUGGUACAAUCUUUUGCAAACCCAGAAAAUGGGUUACUCUAGUAACCAAAUUUAAAAAAGUUGUGAAUACAGCCUCACUCUAUAAUUGUGGGUUGUUGGGUUUUUUGGACAACUACUAGGCAGGAUUUGGACACUGCCAAACAGUUGACUAUGUGUUGAUGUUUGCACAAUGUAACAGAUUAGUACUGAGUUAAAUUUGGGUCUCUUCUGGAUUAAAACCAACUUUUUCCUGCCU